CUGACUUACUGCAGCUCAAAGGAUGAGACAUAUGAUAGAGAUUCGAGGCAGAAAUCAAACAGAAGUGACUGAGUUUCUCCUCUUAGGACUUUCCGAGAAUCCAGAUCUACAAGGGGUCCUCUUUGCAUUGUUUCUGUUAAUCUAUGUGGCAACCAUGGUGGGCAAUUUGGGGAUGAUUGUAUUGAUUAAGAUUGAUCUUGGUCUCCACACCCCCAUGUACUUGUUUCUCAGUAGCCUCUCUUUUGUGGAUGCCUGUUACUCUUCUUCCAUCACUCCCAAGAUGCUGGUGAACCUCAUGGCUGAGAAUAAGGCCAUUUCUUUUCAUGGAUGUGCUGCCCAGUUCUACUUCUUUGGUUCCUUCCUGGGGACUGAGUGCUUUCUGUUGGCCAUGAUGGCAUAUGACCGUUAUGCAGCCAUUUGGAACCCCCUGCUCUACCCAAUUCUCAUGUCUGGGAGAAUCUGCUUCUUGCUGAUAGCUACCUCAUUCCUAGCAGGUUUUGGAAAUGCUGCCAUACACACAGGGAUGACUUUUAGAUUGUCCUUUUGUGGCUCUAAUAGGAUCAACCAUUUCUACUGUGACAGCCCACCACUGCUCAAACUCUCCUGCUCCGAUACCCAAGUCAAUGGCAUUGUGAUCAUGGCUUUCUCCAGCUUUAAUGUCAUCAGCUGUGUUACGAUUGUCCUCAUUUCCUACCUGUGUAUCUUCAUUGCCAUCUUGAAGAUGCCUUCGCUAGAGGGAAGGCACAAAGCCUUCUCCACCUGUGCCUCUCACCUCAUGGCUGUCACCAUAUUCUUUGGGACAAUUCUCUUCAUGUACUUGCGCCCUACAUCUAGCUACUCAAUGGAGCAAGACAAGGUGGUCUCUGUCUUUUAUACAGUAAUAAUCCCUAUGCUAAAUCCCCUCAUCUAUAGUUUAAAAAAUAAGGAUGUAAAACAGGCUCUAAAAAAGAUCUUACAGAAACACGUCUUGUAAAGACAUGUUACCCCUCA